AAAAAAGAAAAAGUGAAAAGACCAAAAUGCCCACAGAAUGCAGAAGUACCUAUGGAGCGCAACCCGAGUAGAAAUCCUCGUCAUCCAGUGGCGCCACCGUAUUCGGAGAGCUUGCCGGCUGAAGCGGCGGUGCAGUGGGCGGAGCUGCGGCGAGAUUUUGAAUCUACUUCAUGAAUGCUGCGGAAUGCGGAGCGUGGUAAAACAAAGAUUCCGCCCCUCUUAUUCAACUUCAUACCCUAGGGGUAAAGAUGGAAAGUUGAUUUCGUCACACAAAUGGAAAACGAGCAAGAAAUCACCGUCAGGUGCACAGAUCCUAGAUCUGUUCCAUGCACCCGAUCCAUUUUGCCUUUGGCAAGCUAUACUAACAGGAAUCACCACCUUCAGUUCAAUCCUGAGGGUUCUAUGGAUCCAUUACGAUUAGGAUAUACCGUUUGGUAACUUAUCUGCAUGCGGGCUGCAGGACGCGAAAGAUUUGGGGAUGUAGCUGGAUCUCGGGUCUUACGAGGUGCCAGCUGUACUCCAUUACUCGUGCUCCUUCCACCCCUACCUUCGCCCUUUUAUAUAUCGGGGCGAAUAAUAACGACAACGGCGUUGAGUAGAGAGGAGAUUUCGUGAGUUGUCGAAUAGAAGAGAAGAUAAAAUAUAUAGGGGAGGGGAAUUUAGUGAUACCCCUUUUAGUUUCUCCGGCCGCCCAGACUUUGUAGAGAGAAAAUAAUUAUGUCUGCGAGCGCCAGGAUCGGAGUUAAUGUUUGUUUAUAUUUUGAGAAUUUUUUUUUUAUCUUUUUGCUUACAACUUCAUCAGUAAAAUCAUGCCGCUCAAGUAUAGUGAGAGGUGUAGUUGUUGGAGAGAAGAAUUUGGAACAAAGUACGAGACAUUGUUUUUGUGUAGCAGUCGAAUCAUAGAGAAAUGUAUCUUGAGAGAAGAAUUUGGAACGAAGUAUGAGACAUUGUUUUCGUGUAGCAGUCAAAUCAUGUUUGAAAGUAAUCGAAAGAGUUAAAUCCACAUGAGUUUGUUGUGUUUAUAAAUAAAUAUUUUGUUUUUA